AUGGCCUCAACCAAAGCCGCUCGUCUAGGCGAAGAGGUAUGGAAGACCCGGAUAGACAAAGUCAGCGCCGAACUUGUGACUUUGACAUACGGAACUAUCGUAGCACAACUAUGCAAAGACUUCGAGAGCGACUACCUGGAGGUCAACCGACAACUGGACAAGAUGGGCUACAAUAUCGGGCUGCGGCUGAUUGAGGACUUCCUCGCAAAGUCGAAUGCGCCGACGUGCUCCAACUUCCGCGAAGUGGCCGAGAUGAUCUCCAAGGUUGGUUUCAAGAUCUUCCUGAACAUCACACCCACAAUCACGAAUUGGACCAGCGACAACAAGCAGUUCUCCCUGCUAUUUGAGGAGAACCCAUUGGCAGACUUCGUGGAGCUUCCGGAUGACGGCAGAGCGCAAGACGAGCUGUGGUACUCGAACAUCCUUUGCGGGGUGCUCCGAGGCGCUCUGGAAAUGGUUCAGAUGCAGGUUGAAGCCCACUUCAUCAGUGACGUGCUGCGAGGCAAUGACACGACUGAGAUGAGGAUAUCACUGAUCAGGUACAUCGACGACGAAAUGCCUCCUGACGACGAGUAG